AUGGACGACCAAAUUGCUGAUAUUGUUGACAUCCCUGAUAGGUUAGAUAUUCAACCAUAUAUGUUCGAGCCGCUAGCAGCUGAAAAUCUACAAAAUCAGCAAGAGAACAGCGAAGAAAGUGAGGAAGACGAGGGCAACAACUCGCCUUGGAAAUACAGCAUGGUUUGUCAUAUUUCGUGCGAGUGUGGCUUUUGUGAGGUCAUGAGGACCAGUAUUGAAUGCAUUUGCUGUGCAGAAGUUUCACUCAUUCAAAGAAUCUGCCAGGACUGCAACCUAGAAUGCAUCACACAACACCAGACCUUUAUUGACAAUUGCCUCAAUGAGAGGGUAUUAGAGGUCAACCUGCAUGAAUACAUCCAAAUGGAGGGGCCCCUUGAUGAUAACGAGCCAACGAAUGAAGUUCUUCGUCACAUUGCAUACAGGAGGUUUGUAUUCUGGGUCUGGCAUAGGCUUGGUCGCGGCAACAGAAAGGUACUACCAUCAUGUGUUGUCAACAAGAUUCGUGAUAGGUUUCCAUCAGAAUACUACACCGGAUUCCAGUACCCUCAACCAGUAUAA